UUUCUAGGUCUGGGCGUUGAGCGUUUGGAAGGGCAGAGCUCCAGUCCAGGUACCUUGGCGGUUGUUUGUCUUGUCGUCUAAGCAAGGAUAAGUUUUUGGGCAUCCCAUCAAACUCCAACUUGGGAUCCUCGAGUUUAGGUCCUAGAAGUCUCUUCUUCGUACGGCAUAGAAGAGAGGUCUCAUUCUUUUCUUAAGGGUUUAAGUGUACGGUAGAUCUCUCUCGUCAUUGACUUCUCGACUUCGUCCAUGGUUUUCUCGAUCUAGCUCAUUUGUUUCAUUUCUAGUUUUUGGUGAGAAGCAUGAGCAACACUAGAGAGCCUUUGCUCGUUCCUGCGAGCGAUCCCAAGGACCACCACCUCAAGAAAUGCGCGAGCGACACUGGAGCAAACUAUAGCCUGGAUCGACAGCGGUCGACCGGGAAGCCCCCACAACCCGAGCUCCCGCCCGUUGCAAACCUGGCCAUCCUCACGCCCCAGCGAGCCGCCAUGAUCCUCCUCAUCUACAUCGGCGUGGGACUCCUGUGCUUCAUCUACGUCAAGCACGGCUUCGAGGGCGAGAGAACCGUGAACAUCGUCGACGCCCUCUACUUUUGCGCCGUCACCAUGACCACCGUCGGCUAUGGUGAUCUCGUCCCCCACACAAGCACCGCCAAGCUCUUCACCUGCGCCUUCGUCUUCCUCGGCUUCGGCCUCAUCGGCCUCAUCAUCGGCAACGCCGCGAACUACUUCGUGGAGAAGCAGCAGCGAUUGCUCGAGAAAGCUCUCGAGGAGCAACAGCAGCUCGAGCAGUCGGGAGAGUCCCGGAUCACGAGCGUGCAGCACAAAGUUCUCGUCGCUGCUGGAUUGGUGGUGAUCGUCCUCGGGGCCGGCAUCGGCAUUCUCAUGGGAGUCGAGGGCCUCGGCUUCGUCAACUCGUUCUACUGCGUUUGCGUGACCGUCACCACGCUGGGCUAUGGCGAUCGAGCUUUCAGGACGGAGGUCGGGAGGAUCUGUGCGGUGUUUUGGAUCCUGGCCAGCACCGCUUGCGUCGCGCAGUUCAUGCUCUACCUCGCCGAGCUCAUCACCGAGGAGCGGCAGCACGCCAUCGCAAAGUGGGUUCUCUCGCGAAAGGUGACGAUCUCGGACGUGGAGGCGGCCGAUAUUGACAAAGAUGGCAGGCUCAGUGCUCCCGAGUUUGUGAUCUACAAGUUGAUUGAGCUCGGCAAGAUCCAGGACGCGGACGUGAAAGCGAUCUUGGAUGACUUUCGGGAGCAAGAUGUCGAUCAAUCGGGAAGCAUUACCAUCUCGGAUGUAACGUCAUAACGCUGGAGCUUCGCUCAAUCUUCAUCUAGCUUUCAUAGCUCAUUUGGUCAGAGCACCCGUUUAGUAAGCGGGAGGUCCUGAGUUCAACUCUCAGUGAAAGCAAAGUUAUUUAAAUCUAUUAUUUUAACUAUAAAUUUUU